CUUGCUACAUAUACUACUACAAGCUUAAUUCAAAUUUGAUUAAAUAUUUCAAUUCCCUAAGUUUUCUUCUCUAAAAGUACUAAUAUGCUUUAAUUAGUCCGAGUAAUUUGUGUAUUGAAAAAUGGGGCAGCAUUCAUGCUGUAAUCAACAGAAGGUGAAAAGAGGGUUAUGGUCUCCUGAGGAAGACGAGAAGCUCAUGCGAUACAUUUCUACUCAUGGCUAUGGUUGUUGGAGUGAAGUUCCCGAAAAAGCUGGGCUUCAAAGAUGCGGAAAAAGUUGUCGUUUACGAUGGAUUAACUACUUAAGACCUGAUAUAAGGAGAGGAAGGUUCACUCCAGAAGAAGAGAAAUUAAUCAUCAAUCUUCAUGAAGUUGUAGGCAACAGGUGGGCACAUAUAGCAAGUCACUUACCCGGAAGAACGGACAAUGAAAUCAAGAAUUAUUGGAAUUCAUGGAUUAAGAAGAAGAUCCGAAAGCGUACAUGUUCCUCCCCUUCUGUCACGACCACGACCACGACCACCACCACUACCACUUCCGUGGAGGCCCAUGCAGCCACUAACCCCUCUAAUUACCCGUUUAUCAUCAGCUUUGGAUCCGACCCGAUUCAGGAGGUAAAUCAAUUAGAUGGGGCCAUAAAGGAGGAAUCAAUACUACCCAUGCAAGAAAAUAACACAACCCUAAUCCCUUCCUCUUGCCCUAUGUUCAUGUUUGACACAAGCACCCCAAUCGACCCCAUUGGCAGUAUUACUAGUAGCAAUGCAAUGGGGUUAAGCACAUCUGAUCUUCAACAAGUUUGGAAUUCUUAUAACAUGCCAAUAUUUACUAAUAUCACCAAUACUUCUAAUAAUAUGCCAAUAUUUACUAAUUGCACCACUAGUACUAUAAGUACUACAAUUAGUGGCCAUGGAAUUGAUUUUACUAACGAUAAUAACAACAAUAGUAACUAUAUGCCAAGUUUGGUAGAUAGUAUGGAGAGCAUGGUUCCAAUUGAGGCACAAUCAUGUACAAGUGGAGGAGGUAUUGAUCACCAAGAACAUCAUCAUUAUCGGAUGGCGGCGGUCAAUCAAUGUUUGCCACGUCACGACGAUCAUCAUGAUCAUGAUGAUCAAAUGAUGAGUGUUAAUGGAUGGGGGAUGAUUGAGUCACAAGGUUGUCCAAGUUUGUUGUUUUGGGAUCAAGUUGAAGGGUUAACUCUUAACAAUAUUGGUGAUGAUGAGGAUCAACUCGGACCGCCUUCGUCGAGUACCGGAACCACCUUGCUUUCUUCGUUCCCUUCUCCUUUGUGAGUUUGAUCUGGAACAACAUGAUUGAAACUUUCAUACAAAAGGGCCUUGAUUUUGAGGAUUUUUUUUUUUUUUUUUUUUGGGUUUGAUUGAUUUGAUUGGUUAUUUAUGUAUACAUUGGUUGAGCUAGCUGUGUGACUUGUGAGACGCUAACUUGCAGUUUGUACAAAGGAGUGUUACACGUAGUAUGGUCUAGAACCAUGUUUGGGUCAACCCGGUCUGAGAUAGCAGACAAAACCCCUUGAAAGUAUAGGUUCGAGAAGAAACCCCAAAGUGCUUCGAGUGAGGUUGUGAUACAUGUACAAAUCUUAUACUAAUAAUUGGUGUUGUGAUGUAAUUAUGUAAUAUGAACCCUCAUACACGUCCAACUUUUUUUUUUUUAAUGUUUUGAGAAUUGAGAUAUGAUACGAAAGUAUAAACGGAAAUCAACUGGUUGAUGAUGAUUGACAUGAUGAUGAUGCCAUACAAGUCCCUACUAGGAGGAAGUAUUUUCGGAUAUUAGAUAUGCGCUUGCAAAUUCAUAUCAUAGCAAAAGACA